AUGGCCUCAACCCUUGUUACUGACUUUCCAGAACUGGCUCACUUAUCACGCGAAGACCUAGAGGAUUUGCUUUCAGAUCCUGUAUAUUUCCAAGCUGUUUUUCACUCCCUUAGUUAUGUGAAAGAUCUCUAUAAAUCGCAAGCUGAGCUUGGACUUGCCAACGAAGCUAUCGCUAAAAAUAACCUCGCCUUGCAACAGCGAUUGUAUGACCUCAGAUCAGAAACUAAAGAUGCGUUCGAUGAAGCGAAACGCUUGGAAGCUAGGUGGAAAGAAUUAGAAAAGGAACAAAAAGAAGUUUACCAGAGGUUUAGCCCACAAUUUCUUUUAAUGCGUUUGCGGCAUAGUACUACUUCCCAAGAUGAAGAAUCAGAGGCUCUGGCCACAUCUUUUGUCCAACAGGAAUCCAGUCUGCCAGUUGAGUCAGGCACGGGUACGCCGAAAAGUGGGCGGGAUGUAGACGAUUUUGUGAAAGAAUUCAAGGAAUUGAGGAAGGUCUAUCACAAACGCGCAUUAUGGGGUGAGAAAUGGGCUAAUGGCCAGGUAAUUUGGAGAGAGGAUUAA